AUGAGUCUUUCCGAGCCCCGCGCCUCCAAGCGGCGCCAGUCAUCCUCAUCCAAACCCAGCAUCGCAAUCAUUGGCGCCGGUCUGGCUGGCCUCCGCUGUGCCGACAUCCUCGUACAAAAUGGCAUCAAGGUCACCAUAAUUGAAGCAAGAAAUCGCAUAGGCGGCCGAGUGCAUCAGGAAAGGCUCCCCAACGGGCGGGCUGUUGAUCUUGGCCCCAACUGGAUCCAUGGAACCGACGACAACCCCAUUCUCGCCAUUGCCAAACACACAAAUACCGCCGCGGUAAGCUUGGACUCGAACGUGUGGGCGCAUGAUCAUCUUGGCGACUUGAUGCCACAGGAAGAUGGCCAAAAAUACAGCGCCAUGGUGUGGGACCUCGUUCAACAAGCAUUUGAGCAUUCCAACACGUACGGCGCAGAGACUCACGCCGACAAGAGCUUGCUAGACUUUAUCCGUGAAAGGAUAUCGGCCAUGAUUCCCGAAAGCGACGCAGAAUAUGCCAAGAAACGAGAAACCGUCCUUCGCCUGGCUGAGAUGUGGGGGACCUUUGUUGGCAGUCCGGUUUCGCAACAAAGCCUCAAGUACUUUUGGAUGGAGGAGUGCUUAGAAGGAGAGAACUUGUUCUGCGCCGGCACGUACAAGAAAAUCUUGGAUCACAUCGCGGCUCCCGCCAUCGCCGGGGCGGAUAUCAUGUUGAACGCCAAGGUGACGGAAAUAACGCACCCGCCCCAGAACGGCAACAAGGUCAGGGUAGAAGUAGACGGUGGUCGUCAUCUCCUCUUUGACGAAGUUGUUGUCACUGCACCGCUGGGGUGGCUAAAAAGACACCCAGACGCAUUCAACCCCCGCCUCCCGGCGCGACUAACAAAGGCCAUCAACUCAGUCGGGUAUGGGUGCCUCGAAAAGGUAUAUGUCACCUUCCCCACAGCAUUCUGGCUCGUGGCCACCAAAAUGAGCGGCUUCAUAGAAUGGAUCACCCCGACCUACGCCCCUUCCAACCCGCGCCGCUGGCACCAGGAUGCCUUUGAGCUCGGCAGCCUUCCCGCGCCAGACAACCACCCAACCCUGCUAUUCUACACGUUUGGCGAGCAGUCGAGACACAUGACGUCGACGCUCGCUCAACUGACGACCGAGGCCAAACGGACGGCCUUCCUGACGGACUUUUUCCAGCCGUAUUACUCCUUGUUGCCAAACUAUUCAGCCGAGUCACCGGAUUGUAAACCACUAGGGUUCAUUGCGACGGAGUGGUUGAAUGACGAAUUCGCAGGAAAUGGGAGCUACAGCAAUUUCCAGGUCGGCUUGGAGAAUGGCGACAAGGACAUAGAAAUUAUGAGGGAAGGCUUGCCAGAUCAAGGGAUUUGGUUUGCGGGCGAGCACACAGCGCCGUUUGUGGCAUUGGGAACAGCAACGGGGGCGUAUUGGAGCGGUGAAAUGGUUGGCAAUAGGAUUAUUGAGGCGUAUGCUAGAUUAAAGCAAAGUUAG